AGGCUUCCCCCACCACUAACUAGGUUUCCGAACAGACCUGUCCGGACCCAUUUCUUUAGUCAAGCGAUAUAUCUUGUACUCUCGAUUUCCAAAGCUCAGCUGUACUAGUCCGGACACUUUUCUAUGCGCUAAACGGUUUAGUAAAAACGAGUUCUUAUUUGGCUUCAUUGAGGUUAUGUUUUUAAGUCGACGAUAUUGAGGACUUAAGCACGCGUUUGAAGGUGUUAUUGUGCAGUGAUGGGACGGGAAGAAGUAGGUUAGGGUACACGAAUACGGUAAAAGUAACGGGAUUCUCGUCCUGGGCAAGAACGCCAGCCACGCAUUUCUCGUAGUCGGCAUUCAACGUCUUAAGCACGCGUUUGAAGCUAAUAUUGUGGUGUAUUCAACAAUUUAUUUAAACAAUUUAUUCAACAAUUUAAAAUGGACUUCGAGGAUAUCGAUGAUAUCGAGGACAUUGAGGACAUUGAGGACAUCCAGAAUGAACAUCCAGAAAUAACAAGGCGAUACAUUCGAGACGGGAGUGAUCCGUUUGAUUGUUUUGACGAGGAAGAAUUCCGUAGACGCUACCGGUUUACCAAAGACUCUGUUUUAAAUGGAAUUUUGCCUACAAUUGAAGCAGGGCUGCAGAAAGGUAAUAAUCGCGGUUUACCGAUCCCUCCUGCAAUGCAGUUGUUAAUUUGUUUGCGGUAUUAUGCUACUGCAAGUUUUCAUCUUAUUCUGGGAGACACGAUGAAUGUUUCUCAGCCCACAGUCUCCCGCAUAGUAUUUAGGGUGAGUUCACUAAUAGGCAAUCUGAUGAUGGACUAUAUCAAGUUUCCCAGGGAUCCGGACAAUUCCACUCAAAAUCGCAGGUUAUUCAAUAAUCUGGGACAGGGAAACGAAGCUAUUGGUUUACCAGUAGGCGCAUUCUGCAUUAAUGACGGCACGAUCUCCGCUAUUUGUGGAUUUAUUUCUGCUGCCGGUUCUGCCGGUCCUCCCCCUGUUGCUAAUCGGGAUUGUCUCUCCCUCAUUAUCGCGGGUGCCCCAGAAUAUGAGUGCAAGUCGCUUCGUUUUGAAAUUAAUAAGGAAAAACGCUGAUCAAUACGAGCGCACACAGUGCGUUCCAAAUUCCAAAUAGCGAUAAGCAUUCCCAGUUUCACGUAAUAAUAUCGUUUAUUCUACAAACCUUUGAUGAAAUCACAGCAGACAUAUUAUAUUGCUGUGUAAUUUGUUGCCACGCAUCUUCUUUGUUCUUCAGAGUGGAACUGUCACUUUUCUUAUUUUCUACUAUGUGCGAAAACUUUUUCAAUAUUGCUACGAAUGUAUUCUUAUCGAGUUCGGUAAAAUGUUUCUUGCUAGUCAUUUUGUAUAGAAAAUCGCACUGUUCUUUCCUAUGUACGGUCGUACGGUAAGUGCCGUGGGGUUCAUCACAGUCUUCUUACCAAAAGGCAAUGCCUUCCCCACUCCGAAAAAGUCCACAUUUUUAGCAAUACAGCGUCGGGCCGCUUGCCUUUUCUACACAUUUUACAUUCGUAUGAAUAGUCUUUCGAUACCUGGUAGCUGAUACCUGGCCACCAGCACUGGUCCCUAUCAUAAAUGGUACGAAAGCACAAUAGCGCCUGGCUAAUCGCUUUGGACAAGGCUCCAAAAUAUGCCGUCGCUAACAUAUCGAAUGAAACUUAUAAAAAGAAUUGCAACGCGUUUGUCGCCACUACAUCGCGAUCGCUCAAUUCGCUGUAGAUUAGUUUAGGAUUCGUAAUCAAUACAAAGAAUUACAUUUAAAUUUUAUUUUUAAAUAAUUUCAGUGGUUAGUUUAAUUUUGUGUUAUUUUGUGUUCGUAUUUCAGAAUGAAACUUUAAAUAUAAGAGAUUUUUAUAACGUAUGUGAUAACAUUAAUUAUAAAAUUGUUCUUAAUAAAUUUGGCUUUUUUAUUAAUAAAUUUGGCUCUGUCUAUCGCUCGCUCAAUUAUUUGAAUUCAAUUCAAAACCCGCGUCACUAAGUAAGAAAUAAUGCUACAUUUUCAAGAAUCAUUUUCAUUGGUUGUUACAGUAGAAAAUCGACGGAAAUAGCCGAACGUCAAAUAAGCAUUGCUUAAGCAUGGACUUCACUAAGCAAAGCUUAAGCAUCGCUUCCUUAACUAAGUCGGUCUUAUUCUCCGACUCUGAAUAAAUAGCGACUUAAGCAUUGCUUAUUCGAAUAAGACGAUCUUAGUCAAGAACGUCUUAGGCCCGAUACACACUAGCGGUUCGGUCCCGGUCCAUUCUCGGUCCGGUAAAAUAUACUCCAAUGUAAAUCUUAUGAGAGCAUACACACUUGCCAGCUCCGGUCCGGUCACACUCCAGUCUCACGACCAUCUCGCUUCGAUCCCAGUCCGCUCCCAAUCGCUCUCGAAUAGUAGCCACUUGAGCCACUUGUUCGGUUCGCUCCCGGUCCGGUAAAAUAUACUCCAAUGUAAAUCUUAUGAGAGCAUAUACACUAUGCGUCCGCUCCAGCUCCGGUUCGAUCACGCUCCAGUCCCGGUCCGGUCUCGAUUUCUCACGAAGAAUAUUUUCCUGGGAUGGGACUGCGCUCCCUCGUUUGAAACGCUUCAGCUUGUACAUUUCCACCUUGUAGUAGCAUUUUCAGGAUUAGCUAUGAGUUUUCUACAAUAAACUUUGAAGGUUUGUGAUAAAAUUCCAAAUGCAUACUCGACUAAUCUUCUUCCUUUACAUAAUCGAUAAUUAAAUAUUUUUUUUUUAAUAUCUUCUAUACUUUUUGAUCCUAGAUAAGGCUGCAUUAAAUAUUUCUUUAAUGGAAAUUCUUUAAUAUCAUUAUUUUUUAACCGACUUUGAAAAAGGAGGAGGUUACUCAAUUCGAUCAGUAUAUAUAUAUAUAUUUUUUUUUCCAUAUGAACCUAUAUCUACAGCAGUAAAUUUAUAAUUUGCAUCUACUAAUACCAAAAGUACAAUCGAAAAAGACUUUUUAUAAUUGACUAUCAGAUCGAGAGCGGCUCGAAAGCGGCAUAGCAGUAUGGGUUCGGUAAGAUUUUACCGAACAGAGACCGGACCGGGACCGAACCGAAUAGUGUAUAUCUAGUCGUACGGUAAGAUUUUACCGGACCGAGACCGGACUGGGACCGAACCGCCAUAGUGUGGAUCUAGUCGUGCAGUAAGAUUUUA